AUGUCCUGUGAGUCUCUAACAAAGUUUGAAGAUUUCAUAGGAUUGUAUGAUAGGCUCUUUCACUUCAAAUCAAACGAAUCUGUUGAAGAAAUUAUUAAUUCAAUCUCUUCAACUUUAAUUUCGAAGUCCAAAAUGCCUUUUGAUAUGCUAUUCAAGAGUAUAUUCCAAGCAAUGGAAUUCAACAAUCGAUCUAUCUAUAAAUAUGUUGAAAUUCUAAACCAAGUUUCAACAAAAUAUUCAUUAAAAAAGUGCGAUUUUGUUAAUAGCUAUAGUUCUUCAUAUUUUGAUACAGAAGAAUCUAAUAAGUUUAAGUUAGAUCAAGAACUUGUUUCCUCGUUCCCAAAGGAAGGUGAGAUCAGCUACAUGAUUAUGCAUGAUCAAAUUGAUGGCAUCAAAGAAUAUCUUUCCAAUAAUUCAUUAAAAGGUUCAUAUAUUGAGAUUCCAUUUGGAAAUUUAUCACCUCUUGAAGCUUGCUGCUAUUUUGGAUCUGUUAACAUUUUCUUCUUCCUCAUUUCAACCUCCAAAUAUAAAAUCGAUCGAAGGUGUCUUCGGUAUUCUGUUAUUGGAGGAAACACGGACAUUAUUAAUGAAUGCAUGAAAAACAAUCAAAUUGAUGAAGAUUGCUUCAAUGAUAUUCUUUCGUCACACAACAAUAAACUCCUUGAAUACAUUCUAGAAAAUGGUUUGUUUAAUCUUGAUAUUGAACCUGAUUCAAAUUACAAUGAAUGUUCCGUAACUGGUCAUAGUGAUGAUGAAGUUAAACGUAAUUUUGAUUUUUACAAAAUCAUCGAAUCACAAAAUUUAAAGGCAGCAUUUCUUCUGUACAAGAAAGACGACAUAUCAAUUUUUCCAUGGUGUGCUGCAUUUCCUCAGUUAUUAGACAUCAUUAAGAAUGAAUAUAUGAAUCAUCCUUCAAUAGUUUUAAACGCAAGCGAUGGCUAUCGAAGGAGAAUUCUUCAUUAUGCAGCAGAUUAUGCAUGUUUAGAAACAUUAAAGUUUCUUAUUUCACAAUGUGUAUAUAUCGAUAUUGCGGAUGCAGGAAAUACGACAGCUCUUCAUUACGCACUAAAAAAAGAUCGCAAAGAAAUAGUUGAAUAUCUUAUAUCUCAAUAUGCAGAUACAAGUGCAAAAGAUGAAUAUGGAAGGACAGCUUUACAUAUAGCGGCCGAAAAAAAACAGAAAAGAAAUAGCAGAACUUCUUAUUUCACACCGAGUAGAUAUAAAUGCUAA